GUCCCUGUCAGCUCGCCAAGCCCGGCCCGCGCGGCCCGAUGCUUUUCCACCAGCGUCGGUGCCGAGCGUUUCCGCCGCUGGACCGGGAGAGCGCGGCGGGCGGGGCGCUGAGGGCGCGGGGACUCGAGGGCUCGCCGUCUGGGGUUGGGACCCCCGCCGCGCGCACGACCCCCAGGCCCGCCGAGUCCCGAGCCCCCGCGCCCCCCGCCCCCUGCGCGUCCCAAGAGUCCCGGGCCCCGAGACUCCUGCGCCCCCGCAGCCUCACCCACCCCGGCCUCCUGCGCCCCGAGACCCCCGCCCAUCCCGCGCACCCGGGGCCCCGUGCACUGCACGCACCCUUUGCCUCGCCUGGGGCGCGCUGCCACUUGUUGAACCGACUUUGACCUGUCGUCGUUCCUGUGCUGAGAGCAGUUCCUGGGGCUCCUCUGCCUGGCAUCUUGCAGCGAGAGAGAAGCAGGAAGUUUGACGUGCUAAGCUGUGCGUUAAGGGAGCUCCGAAGCUGGACCUGCGCGACGCGGGGACCUGUGGAAGGUGAUUGGAGGUGGAUUCCCGAGCUGCUUUCUCUGCAUAGACGUGGAGUCUGGGUCCCUUUAAGACUUUCCCGAGUGGAGGGAGAGACAGACGCGACGCUCGGAGGAACCCGCGGAAAUGGACCCCUCGUCUUUCAAGGGGGAGCGCGGCCUUGAGGCUUAGCUCAGGGCCAGCAGCGGCCGGGGCCUCCCGCAGCCCCACGCGCCGGAGCGCCGGUGGCCCGCGCAGCGGGCGGAGGCCGCGGGCCUCAGACCAUGCUCACCCUCAUCACCGAGAAGCUGCAGAACCAGAGCCUGGACGACCUCGCCCGCAAGAGCUUCGAUGCCGGCCUGUGUUCUGCUGAGAAACUGAACAAAUGGGGCCCCCGGCUCCCUUUUGAGCCUGAAGGAGAACAGCGCCCCCAGAAAGUGGUCAGUGGAGGACGCCUCAUCGGAAGCCAGGCGGCCACGGGCGCCGCCCUCCCCUUCCCGCGCAGCCCGCGUGGCCCAAGCGCCAGCCUGGGUGCCCUCAGCGCCUGGGACCUCAGGGAGAGCGUGGGGCCGCCCUCCGCCCCCCCCACCAAGCGACACUGCCGCUCCCUGUCCGAGCCUGAGGAGCUGGCGCGCUGCCGGUCGCCCUGGCGCCCUGGCGGCUCCAAGGUCUGGACGCCUGUCCCCAAGAGGCGGUGCCACAGUGGCGGGAGCGCCACGCUGCUGGGAGGCCCGGGCACCGGCUCGGCUGGGAGCGCCGGGUCGCCGCCCAAGCCCCGGCCGGCCUCGGCUUCAGCCCGCAGCGGCCUCCCGGACCCUGGCCCAGCCCGGCUCCUGGCGGGGCCCUGCACGCUGUCCCCACGGCGCCGCCUGUCCCUGUCGCAGGAGCACCUGGCUGAGGGGGCCGCGGGCCCGCCCUCGCCCGCGUCCAUGCCCGCGUCCACGCCCGCGUCCACCCCCGAGCUGGGCCGCCGGCCGGGCCUGCUGCGCUGCCGCUCCCAGCCGUGCGUGCGCGCGGGCGGGCCGGGCCGGCGGAAGCGCAGGCUGGAGGAGGACGCCCGCUGGCCGCGCCCGGCCCUGGACUUCCUGAAAAUGACCCGGACUUUAAAAAAUUCAAAAAGCCUUUGCUCCCUCGACUGUGAAGAUGAGGAGGACACCCACGCGAAGGCGGCCACGUCCUCCCGGCGUGACCCCCACAGCCCCCCAGGCAGCGCCCGGCCCGGCCCCGCCAGCCCCACCAGCCCCAGCUUGGGGGCCCCGUGGGAGUGGGCGGCCGGCGAGGCUGGGAGUCGGGGCGACCCCAGGGACUGGGACAGCGCCGGGGAGGAGGGCGAGCUGGACCUGGAGCAGAUCGAGAGCAACUGACCGCUGCCCUGGGCCGGGCCGCCGGGCUGGCUGCUCUGGACGUUGCAAUUCACGCCGACGCCGUCUUUCCUAGAGAAGCAUCUGGCGUUGUUACGGCUCUUGCAGUUCGGAGAAAGCGUCUCUGUUUUGAAACGCCUUUUCGGAAGGGCAUUCUUUUCGGGGGAGGUGAGCUCAGCGCCCAGCCUGGGCCUGGGCUCCUGCGUGACGGGCGCCUCGUGGCUUGGCUGCCGGGCCCUCCUCGGACCCGGACGCCCGCGGGCAGAGCCCCCAGCCCGUGCCCCCGACCGGCCUGCUGUUUGGAGCCGGGCCUGUCUCGGGCGGGGUGCUCUUGUGGCUGAGGCCGCGGGGUCCCGGUGGCCCUGCCGUGUCGCUGCAGCAGAAGGCACUGACUUGCUUUGCACGCGCGACCGCUGCACGCUGCUUUCCUGUCCGGGUUCCCCGGCCGAGGCCGGUCCCGGCCGGGGCAUGAGAUGUCCGGUUUCGUAAGAUCGCAGGGCUUCUGCCAAAGAUGUAGGUCUGAGGCGCUCUGGAUAAGAGGAAGGAGCGCGUGACGUUGAAAGAAAACAUUUCCAAUCUUUGGA